UUAUUAUUUUUUGUAAAGUAAAAACUGAGAGGAAGAGAGACGGAGUGUCAUCUGACUAGUCUCCCAAAUCAAUGUCAGAGUCAGAAUCUACGACAGCUCUUCCAAAUUCCACCGCCGAAAAUCCCCAAACUACAGAAGAAUCAGUCGAUGGCGAGCAGAUCCCCAUCCCUGUAUCAUGGCCUUCUGACGGGAAGCUGAGUCUGGAAUGGAUCCACGACCUGAUGUCCACUCUGGACUGGUCUUCCCGAAACUUGGCCCCGACAAGAUUCCCUUCAGUCUUCCCCAUUCAAGUCUUCGACUCUCUCGUCCUCACCGCGUCAAAGAUCCUCCACAAGGAGCCCAACUGCGUCAAAAUCGACGCUCUUGCUCCUGAAUCCACCGUCGUCGUUGUCGGGGACCUACACGGUCAGUUGCAUGACCUACUUUACCUCCUCAAAAAUGCCGGUUUCCCUUCUGACGAUCGCUUUUUCGUCUUCAAUGGCGAUUAUGUUGACAGAGGAGCUUGGGGUCUUGAGACCUUUCUGCUUUUGUUGGCUUGGAAGGUUUUCUUGCCGCAUAGAGUAUAUCUUCUCCGUGGAAAUCAUGAAUCCAAGUAUUGUACCUCUGUUUAUGGUUUUGAGAGGGAAGUUCUCAUGAAAUACAGUGACAAAGGAAAACAUGCCUAUCGGAAAUGUUUGGGAUGCUUUGAAGGGCUUCCUUUGGCGUCUAUAAUAGCUGGACAUGUAUAUACUGCUCAUGGAGGACUUUUUCGUAGCAUUACCCUCACCCCUUCAAAAAGAUCGAAAGGAAAGAAGGGUCGAAAGAUAAAUGUCAAUCCUGAAACGGCCUCAUUGUCUCUUGGUUCUUUGGAGGAGUUAUCUAAAGCUCGAAGGUCAGUCCUCAAUCCCCCAUGGGAAGGUUUAAAUUUGAUUCCUGGUGAUGUUCUAUGGUCUGAUCCAUCAAUGAAACCUGGUCUUUCACCAAACACAGAGAGAGGAAUUGGUCUAUUAUGGGGCCCUGAUUGCACUGAGGACUUCUUGAAGAAGUUCAAACUUAAGUUAAUUAUCAGAUCACAUGAGGGUCCUGAUGCAAGAGAGAAAAGGCCUGGUCUUGGAGGAAUGGAUGAAGGCUACACCAUAGAUCAUGAUGUAGAAUCGGGGAAGCUCAUUACCCUAUUUAGUGCUCCAGACUACCCACAAUUUCAGGCAUCAGAGGAGAGGUACAGAAACAAAGGGGCUUACAUCGUAUUACAUUCUCCAGAUUUUGAUAAUCCGGUAUUCCAUUCUUUUGAAGCUGUUAUGCCGAGACCAAAGGUGAAUGCAUACUAUGACUUUGAAAAUGUGAUAGAUUCCGAUGAAGAGCUGGACUUGGCAUCAAUGGCAACUGCUCCAUGAAAGUGGAAUAUUCACGAAGCAUGUAUUAUCGACCGUUUACUGCUGUACAUUCAUUGCUUUUAAUGUUAUUUUUUGUGUGGGAAUUAAUGGGAGGCAGUUCCUCCUACAUGUAGGGAAUAACAUAUUAAGGCUUCAUACUGGUCAGAGUCACAGAAGAUGAUCAUUCUUGUUUA